AUGCACCCCACAGGCCUCAUCUCAUACCUGUAUCGGAGUCAGCGAUUGCCUCCCCGCCGCCUGCCCCCCUUGCUCGCAUCGUCGAUCACGGCGUGCUCACAUUCACAGCACUCACACUCACAGCACACAAACACAUACAUACAUGCAUGGCCCGUUUCGAACUUGCCGGUCGCAGACAAGAGAUAG